CCCAGUGAGGAGAUCCUCGAUUACGUGCUGGUCCGAGUUCAGCCCCCGAUGCCCGGCCUGCCCCGGCCCCGCUUCUCCCUCUAUCUGUCAGCCCAGCUGCAGAUCGGCGUGAUCCGUGUCUACUCUCAACAAUGCCAGUACCUCGUAGAGGACAUCCAGCACAUCCUGGAGCGCCUGCACCGCGCCCAGCUGCAGAUCCGCAUUGAUAUGGUGGAGACUGAAGUACCCAGCCUGCUGCUUCCUAACCGCCUGGCCAUGAUGGAGACCCUGGAAGAUGCUCCAGACCCCUUUUUUGGGAUGAUGUCUGUGGAUCCCGUACUUCCCAGCCCCCUCAAUAUCCCUCAGAUUCGACAGCUCCUAGAGGCUGCAAGCCCAGAGAGAGUUCUUGAGGAGGCCCCUCCUGAAGUCCCCAUGGAGCCUAGGAAGCCUGAGAGGAUCCCGGUCACGGUGCUGCCUCCAGAGGCCAUCACCCUCAAGGAGGCGGAGCCCAUCCGCAUACUGCCAAUCGAGGGUGAACUGGAGCUCCCAGAGGUCAGCCGCCGAGAGCUGGAGCUGCUGAUUGCUGAGGAAGAAGAAGCUAUCCUGUUAGAGGAACGGCCAGGCAGGCCUCUGCCGGCAGUGGAGGAGUUCAAGGAGGAGCCCCGGGCUCUGGAGGAGGAGAGAGGUGUACCCCCGCUCUCACCACCAGCUCUCGCACCGGUGGAACUGCCCGCAGAGCCACUUCCGGUCCCGGCCCCCGAGGAGGUGAAGCCAGUAGGCUGGGAGCCCGAGGCCCUGGUUACUGAGGUGACCCCCCCGCCGGAGCUGCGCCUGCCAGCCCCGCCCAGCCCAGAGAGGCUGCGGCCCCCAGUGCCCCCCUAUCCCCGGGGUCCACCUGCUCGCCGCCGCCGCCGCCAGUUACUGUUCUGGGACAAGGAGACUCAGAUCUCCCGGGAGAAAUUCCAGGAACAACUGCAAACCAGAGCCCACUGCUGGGAGUGUCCAAAGGUGCAGCCUCCCGAGAGGACCACCAGGAGCCCCACGGAGCUAUUCCGAACCCCAACUCAACCUGGCUGGCUCCCCCCAGAACUGCUGGCCCUGUGGACCCACUGUGCCCAGCCACCCCCAGAAGCACUCAGGCGAAGGCCACCCCCGGAGCCUGAGAGGGAGGUGGCAGCUGAGGAAAGGAUGGAAACUCUCAGCGAUAUCGAGGUCCUGAGAGAGGCCCGGGAGCCCAGCGGGCCCCUAGUGCUGUCUUUAGAGCUCUCUCUUGAGGCGGCCGAGGAAGAGAAGACCCGCAUCAGCCUCCUCCCGCCAGAAGAACGGUGGGCCUGGGCUGAGGCUGAGCAGCCGGAGCUCCCUGCGCUGCCUGCGGUGCCCGAGGUCCCGGAGCUGCCCCCGGGGCUGCCCCCGGAGCUCGAGCUGCUGUCGCCGGAGGCCGUGUACAGGGCAGUGGCCCAGGAGCUGCAGGCCAACAGGGAGGCCGACUUCGGCAGCCUGGUGUCCCCCGUCAGCCCUCGCCGGAUGGCCGCCCGGGUCUUCUACCUGCUCCUGGUGCUUGCAGCGCAACAGAUCCUCCGCCUGGAACAAGAGAAGCCGUACGGGCGCAUCCUGAUCCUGCAGGGGCCCCGAUUCCACCGCGGUUAGCCCUCACAGAGCGGCCCGGGAGCUGGCUCCAUUAAACCCCGUCUUGCCUGCCUCGAUUCCGAA